AUGGCGUCGUUCGCGCUCAGCGGUGUCCCUUCAGGGCCCGCCUCAGAGUCGCAGAGAGCAGACGCCGACACCGACGCGGCGGAGCUCGCGGCGCAAGUCGGAGGAACGGCGGGGAGGGCUGAACGGAGGCCAGGAGACAGCGGCGAAGAAGGCCCGUCGACGAAAAAGCAAAGAAUCGAAGAGGAAACAACCUUCCAUAUGAGAACGAACGGCUCUUCUCAACCUCCGUCAUCGCUGGGGCUACCAUAUCCAUCUCGUCCCCUUUCGUCUCCACCCUUGCCACUACCUUCUUCUCCUCUCUCUUCCUCUUUCUCUUCAUCUCUUUCUUCCUCUCUCUCUUCCUCUCCCUCUUCGUUUUCCUCUACUUCGUUUUCCUCCUCUUCCGCUACCUCUUCUUCCUCGUGUUCUUUUUCUUCCCCUCUCUCGCCUUCGUCGAGUCGAUUGACGUCCACUGCAGUGAACUCUUCCACUGCUUCUCAGGAUUCGUGUGUCUGCGAAAACUUCGAGAGCGAGGAGGGUAUGGACGUGCGUUUUCCGCUCCGCGCGCUCGAGGCGAACUUCCGCUGUCGCCUCUGUUCUGGGUACUUCCGAGAAGUCGUCACCAUCAAAGACUGUCUCCAUUCUUUCUGCAAGUGGUGUCUCUUUGCGCGCGCCGAGAAGGGGGAGCUCGAGGAGACAUGUUGCCCUCGGUGCGAGGAGAAGCUGAGCAGCGGCUCGGGCCAUCCCAAUGGCAGCGACGUGCGACGCUCGCUGCCGCGCAUUUCUGCGGCAGCUGCAGCGGAAGCCGGAGGCAGCUCGGGGGCGUCUUUCGCGGCGGGGGUCGCGCCCGCGGGGACUGUCUCCUCGAGUGUCUCCUCGCCGGCGGGUGGGGCACCGACUGCACAAGCUCCCGUCCUCUUUGACCGGUCGCUGCAGAAUCUGAUCGACAAGCUUUUCCCUCAUUUCUCCCGCGAAGAAUCCCUCGAGCGAGAGGAGCUCAGACGCUUCCUGGCAGGUGAGCCGCCCUACAGCCUUCAAGACUUUUGCGAGGAGGCAGAGACGCAGAGGCGCAGCGGGAAGUCUGCCGACGGCGGCUUCCUGCCAAACGAGCUCUCGCAUGCAGGCACGGAAAGUCCGGGUACCCUAUCCAAAGCAAACUCCCCUCAAGAGACUCCGCGGCGCCUGUCGGCUGCCGCGUCGACGGCGGGCUGGUCCCCCGCUUCUGUCUCGCCUCAGCGCCUCCAGGCAGUCCCAGAGACAGCCGAAGGGGGGCACCCCACACCUGUCUCCGUUGGUGUCUCCGCAGCUGACGCUGCGCCAGCCGCAGGCGUGCGGACGCAGAGCGAGGACGCGCGAACGCAGGAUGUUCUGCCGGCGAUUGCGCCGUCGAAAGAAGAACUUCUCGAGGAAAUGGUCCGAGGCAACUUGGCGCUUUUCGACGACGAAGAGACGCUGGCGGUGGCGCUCUUGCCCGACCAGGCCCAGGCCCUAGCGCUGCUUUCUCACCUACACUCGCUCUCUGGAGAAGAGAAGGACGGGGAAGGCGCCGAAGAGAGAAAGACGGAGAGAGAAGACGCGAGCGACGGGGCCUUGCGAGAAACGGGAGAGCAGGAGAGAGAUGAAGACGCUGGACGGCCAAGGAUUGGAGAGGGACGAGUUCAAGGUGGCGAGAAGGAGAAAGACGGCCCAGACGGCGGAGACAAGACUGUCUUCUCUUCAAUAGAUAACCUCGGACGGAAACUCGCAAGAGCACGGCGAGACGCCAUCCAACAGAGACACUCCGCUUCUUCUUUGCCUUCUUCGCUGUGGCCACUGUGCCUGCCGGCAUUGGCUCAGCCGUAUUUGCGCGUGGACAAGAGGAUGCCUGUGAUGCAUCUGCUGCGGUACCUGGCUGCUCAGCUGCUUCCCGUCUUUGCGUCUGGAGAGGCGGAGGCAGAGGGCGAGAAAGAACAAGAGAGGCAGCAGGUGACGGACCUCUCCGAGGGCCAGAGAACCUCUGCGCCUUCAGGCGGAUCAGGCGGCGACGCCCAGCCGGCCGGCGCGACGGUAGCGCGAAAGAGCGAGGGCGACGCAGGGACGGGAGGGCACCCGCUGGCCUCUCCCGGGUCGUCGCAGCUCCCCGUUGCUCUCUCGGCUGCUCCUGGGGACGCCUCGGCGCCUGCCGCUGCGCCUAGGGGCUUCGGCCCCGUCUCUCGGUCCCUCCUCGCUGAGCUGGAAAGCUCUCUGGAGCUAACUCUCGAGGGUCGAGUGGUGGGGAGAAGCCACACGCUGCAGUUUCUCUGCAAGGCCCACCGCCUCGCCUUCCCGGGCAAGUGUCUCCUUCUCGCCUACCAGUGGACCGCCCAAGCCGAGAGCAAGCGCAUGCAGCACGCGCUCGACUUAUUGAACCCGAAGUGA